AUGCCACGCUUCACCCCCGAGAAUGACGGCACGGGUUUAGCGCGGCAACUGACCGAUCCGCUCGUCGCUCAAUAUGUCUACUCCGUCUUUAUCGCUCUCGCCUGGUGUAAUGCCCUCGAGCUGGUGGUCCUCUGUCUCAAUACGUUCAAGCGCUAUGCCGGCACCUACUUUUGGAGUCUCUUCGUGGCCUCCAUCUCCAUCAUCCCCUUUGGCCUGGGAUAUCUCCUGAAGAUGUUUCAUAUCACCUUCACCAACGGAUAUCUCGAGUUAGCUAUCACCGACAUCGGCUGGGUAGGUAUGGUCACCGGCCAAUCCCUCGUCCUCUGGUCACGUUUGCACCUCGUCGUUCACAAUCGCAAGGUGCUCAAAGGCAUUCUCUACCUCAUUAUCAUUGAUGGUGUCCUCCUCCAUACCGCGGCGACCACGCUCGAGUUCAUGAACAAUGGUCUCUCCCACAUUCACAACGUGACGGUGGCGUUCGGUAUCAUGGAACGAAUUCAGGUAGUGUGGUUCUGUGUGCAAGAGCUUCUAAUCUCCUCCGUAUACAUUAUGGAGACCGCUAAAUUACUGCGGCUGGACCACGGAGGGCCGUCGCGCACCAUUCUCACGCAACUAAUCAUCGUCAAUGUGGCUAUCAUGGUGCUCGAUUUAGCGGUGGUGGCGGUUCAGUUCGCGGGCUAUUUCACCUUACAGGUCACCACGAAGGUGCUGGUCUAUAGCAUCAAGUUGAAGCUGGAAUAUAUUAUUUUGGGACGGUUAGUUGACGUUGCACAUAUCCGAUCACAGCCAGCGACUCCACGAUUUCGAUUUUGA